GUGCGGGACUGCAUUCAAAAAACACUGACUGAAUGGAGCUCAAAGGUUGGACAAGAACCAAAUCAGGAAAUACUGGAGGUUCUGGAGUGUACUGUAGCUCAAGCUGUAGAAAAAAUAAAUCCUGAAGAGAGGGAUGAGUUGAAAGUAUCAGCAAAACUUUUCCUCGUUGGAUCAAACUCUUCAUCAAUCAGAGAUGCGGUAGACCUGGCGUGUUCUUCCCUUGGAGUUGCUCAAUUAGACUCAGUCAUUAUUGCCCCACCUCCUAUUGAAGAUGGAAUUAGCCUCUCCUUGGAGUAUUUGCAACCUUAUUGGCAAGAACUUGAAAAUCUAGUUCAAAACAAAAAAAUUGUUGCCAUAGGUACCUCUGACCUAGAUAAAACACUGUUAGAGCAGCUGUAUCUGUGGGCACAGGUGAAACCAAGUAGUAAUCAGGUGAAUCUAGCUUCCUGUUGUGUGAUGCCACCUGAUCUCACAGCGUUUGCAAAACAGUUUGACAUACAGCUGUUAACUCACAAUGACCCAAAAGAAUUACUUUGUGAAGCAAGUUUCCAAGAAGUUCUUCAUGAAAGCAUCCAGAACAUGAAAGCACACGAGUGGAUUCCUUUAUGGCUUCUCCGAUAUUCAGUCAUUGUUAAAAGCAGAGGAAUUAUCAAGUCCAAAGGCUAUAUCAUGCAAGCUAGAAGAAAUGCUUCUUAA